UUUUGCUUUUUGUUCUGUGCAUAUGCUCUUUCUCUUUUGAGCUCUGCCCAAGGAAACCCUAAUUACAGAGCCGCCCUACGGAAAUCCAUACUGUUCUUUCAAGGUCAGAGAUCUGGGAAGCUCCCUCGUAACCAACAACUGAAAUGGAGGUCCAACUCCGGGCUAUCAGACGGUUCAGCGGCUCGCGUGGACUUAACGGGUGGGUACUACGACGCCGGAGACAACGUGAAGUUCGGGCUCCCGAUGGCGUUCACGGCGACGAUGCUCUCAUGGGCGACGCUGGAGAACGGCCGGCUCAUGGGGUCCGAACUGGCCAGCGCCCGAGAAGCCAUCCGAUGGGCCACGGACUACCUCCUCAAGUGCGCCACCGCCUCUCCGGGCAAGCUCUACGUCCAGGUCGGCAACCCUUACGUCGAUCACAGCUGCUGGCAGAGGCCCGAGGACAUGAGCUCCAACCGCCCCGUUUAUUCCGUCUCCGCCUCGAACCCCGGCUCCGACGUCGCCGGUGAGACCGCCGCUGCCAUGGCUGCGGCCUCCAUGGUCUUCCGCAGGUCCGACCCCAAGUACGCGGGGGUGCUCUUGCAGACCGCCGCGAAGCUGAUGCAGUUUGCGUUGAAUUAUAGAGGUGCCUAUAGCCAAUCGCUUUCGUCCAUUGUCUGCCCCUUCUAUUGCUCCUAUUCUGGGUACAAGGAUGAGCUGAUGUGGGGAGCUGCAUGGCUGUACACGGCAACAAAAAAAGUAUCUUACUUGAAUGUUAUAAACUCUCUAGGGGCAAAUGAUGCAACCGACAUCUUUAGUUGGGACAACAAGUUUGCCGGUGCUCGUGUUCUCUUAGCAAGGAAUGCUUUGGUGCGAAAAGACAAGAAUUGUAUGCAAUUCAUACAACCAGCAGAAGAUUUCAUGUGUCACAUUUUACCUAAUUCUCCUUCAUCAAGCACGCAAUACACACCAGGAGGGCUCAUGUACAAAAUCGAUGGAAGUAAUCUCCAAUAUGUCACAGCUAUUUCCUUCUUACUUACCACGUAUGGUAAGUAUAUGAACGUAGCAAAAAAGCCUAGUAUUAAAUGUGGCUCCUCCUCUAUUGCCUCCCAAGCACUCACAAGCCUCGCAAAGCGUCAGAUUGAUUACAUUUUGGGGGACAACCCUUUGAAAAUUUCCUUCAUGGUUGGGUAUGGACGACGCUAUCCAUUGAGAAUUCAUCAUAGAGGAGCAUCAAAUCCUUCAAUGAUGGCCCAUGCACAAGCCAUCGGUUGCCAAGACAGUUUCAGCUACCUCCAUACAGGAAACCCUAACCCUAACAUCUUCGAAGGAGCUAUUGUUGGAGGUCCAACCAGAAGUGACCAGUACGACGAUAAUCGAGAAAAUUAUGGCCAAUCAGAACCUACUACUUAUAUCAACGCUGCUGCUGUUGGAAGCUUGGCCUACUUUGCUGGAAAAUAUUAA